AUGUUUGAUGAUGAACUAAUUGAGCGGACUCUUACGUAUCUUGGUGUCACCCUGGAUGAUGGAAGCCUGGAUUUCAAGGAACACCUGACCAGCCUCUGCGAAGGUCAACAGCAUCAUUCACAAGCUUACUGGAACUACCUGGAGUGCCAGCGCAGCAACAUUUCGGACAACCGCGCUAUCCCUAGUCUACUCCUCUGCCGAGUACUGCUCAGCGGUGUGGCUAAACAGCACCCAUACUACCGCGGUAACGCCCAGCUGAACCACACUAUGCGACUCAUCAGAGGCUGCCUAAAACCAACUCCCACACACUGGUUGCCUGUGCUGACUCAUAUUUUACCUCUAAACUUCCGCUGA